ACUAUAAUCCAAACCAAGCUCUUUUGUGCAAAAAGUAUGCGCAUUCUUUGAUGUAAUCAAAAGAACUUAUACGCCUAAUUUAUAAGCGUUUCGAGUCCUAAUUUCUUUGCCUUGAUGUUGGCUAUUCGUUAUCCGCCAUGCCAUACAAACUGAGAUAUGUUCGCAUGGACAAGGACGACCUUGCAUGGGAGAAAGGCGACGAGGAGGCCGAGACAUGGGAGAGGUCACUCAGCAAGGCAGAGACAUACGCCAUCGCCAACCUCAUCAAGAAGUACAGGCCUGGCGAGGCCUCGGAACUUCACAGGCCGAUCAGAGGGGGCUACAACAUUUUCUACCGCCUGGAGUAUAAGGAUGGGUCGUCGGCGGCUAUGAGGAUCCCUUGCAAAAGUAUUGUCAAGUUCCCUGAGGAGAAGGUUCGCUAUGAGGUGGCCACGAUACGGUAUAUUGCGGCGAAGACCACUAUUCCGGUGCCUAACAUCUACCACUUUGGAACUGCAGCCGAGAAUCCCACCGGGCUAGGGCCAUUCAUCAUUAUGGAUUAUAUUGAACAUGACAGGACAAUGUCUGACGCCCUUAACGACCCCACCCUUACGCCUGAUGAGUCUCACGUCCUAGAUCCCACUAUCAGUGAGCAAAAGCUAGAGUUUCUCUACAGGCAGAUGGCCAACAUUGUCCUACAGCUGUCUACCUUAACGUUUCUUCGAAUAGGGUCCUUGGUCCAGGAUAAUGACGGACAGUUUUCCGUGUCUGGGAGGCCUCUCAUCCAGAAUAUGAACUCCCUACUAGAGUUCACAGGGUUCACUCCAACCCUACUGCCAUCCCAACAGUACUCUAGCUCCGACGAGUGGUAUUCGGCCCUGGCCGAUAUACAUCUAGCACAGCUAACGUUCCAGCAUAACGAUGCUGUUCUAGAUGAGGACGAUGCGCGGGACAAAUACGUCGCUCGUCAGCUAUUUCGGCGGCUCGCAUCGGAUGGGCGACUAGAUUCCGGAUUUGAGAUGAAGGACAACCGUAACAGUGCAUCCAAAUUCCGACUGUACUCUGAAGACCUACGUCCGUCGAAUGUCUUGAUUGAUAAGGACCUCUGCGUGGUCGGUGUCAUAGACUGGGAGUUCGCCUACGCUGCACCAGAACAGUUUUCCUUCGAUCCUCCUUGGUGGCUUCUGUUGAAGAGCCCAGAAUACUGGCCCAGCGGUUACACACCCUGGAUGGAAGCGUACGAACCUCGUCUCGAGACUUCCCUCCGCGUCUUGGAAGGCGAAGAGACGAAGAUACGGGCUAGCUCCGAAAUCGCCGGAGGUAUGGCGAGUCUGUCCCUGUCUCUUUCACAGCGGAUGCGAAAAAGCUGGGAGAGCAAGACGUGGAUGAUCAACUAUGCAGCUAGGAACAGCUGGGCGUUCGAUUUCAUAUUUUGGAGGUUCUUAGAUGCCAGAGGCGAUGGAGCCUUUCGUCAAGAUGAAGCUGGAGGAGGGUAAGGAACGGAUUCUGGUUCUGUGGGAUCAUGAGAGCGCGGCAGACCAGUUAGCCAAAGUCAUGGUCUGAAGUCGUGCUCAGUAGAAGCAAGCUG